GAAAGUUAACGGAGGAAGAGAAGAAGAAGAUGGCAGCUUUGACUCUUCAUCACUUGUCUCGUCUUCAAGCGUCACGACAUCUGUCACUUCCUCACCGAACUCUCUCGAGUUUUCCACGAAAUCCCGUUAAAAAUCUCAUCUUUCGUCAAAAUCUCGCCGAAUCAUCGAGCUUUCGGUUGUCUACGGUUGCUGUAAAAGCUCUGAGUACAGUCGCGGUUGAGGAUUCGUCGGAGAAGAAGAUGGUGAAAGGUAUCAGAGUUUACGAGCAUGGCGGUCCUGAGGUUCUGAAAUGGGAAGAUAUUGAAGUUGGAGAGCCAAAAGAUGGGGAGAUACGCGUUAAGAACAAGGCCAUUGGACUUAACUUCAUCGAUGUUUACUACAGGAAAGGUGUUUACAAACCGGCCUCUAUGCCCUUCACACCAGGUAUGGAGGCUGUUGGAGAAGUGGUAGCUGUUGGGUCAGGAUUAACUGGCAGAAAGGUCGGUGAUCUCGUCGCUUAUGCUGGAAGUCCAAUGGGUGCAUAUGCUGAAGAACAGAUCCUUCCUGCGGAUAAAGUGGUUCCUGUUCCUUCAUCUAUGGAUCCUAUAGUUGCAGCAUCAAUCAUGCUCAAGGGUAUGACUGCACAGUUCCUCCUUCGCCGUUGCUUCAAGGUCGAAAGUGGGCACACGAUUCUUGUCCACGCUGCAGCUGGUGGAGUUGGCUCUCUGCUGUGUCAAUGGGCAAAUGCGCUUGGAGCUACCGUCAUUGGAACUGUCUCGACCAAUGAGAAAGCGGCUCAAGCCAAAGAAGAUGGAUGCCACCACGUUAUCAUGUACAAGAACGAGGACUUUGUUUCACGGGUCAAAGACAUUACAUCAGGCAAAGGAGUCGAUGUUGUUUAUGACUCGGUGGGGAAAGACACCUUCAAGGGAUCUUUAGCGUGUUUAAAGAGCAGAGGAUACAUGGUGAGCUUUGGACAAUCCUCCGGAUCUCCGGAUCCUGUUCCGUUGUCCGAUCUUGCUCCAAAGUCGCUCUUCUUGACAAGGCCUUCAAUGAUGCAGUACAAUGAAACUCGAGAUGAGUUGUUGGAGUGUGCUGGGGAGGUUUUCGCCAAUAUUGCUUCAGGGGUUAUAAAGGCUCGUGUGAACCACAAGUAUCCGUUGUCUCGUGUGGCUGAUGCUCAUGCAGACGUUGAGAAUAGGAUAACGUCUGGCUCUGUUGUGCUCUUGCCUUGAAAAACAUGUAGUGAUGUUUCUUUUUAAUCUUCCAAAUAAGAGCAAUAAGAAGUAAUGGACAGAUACCAAAUGUGUGUACUAUUUAUCUUCCAGCAAUACGUUUUUUUUUGUGA